AGGGAUCGCAAUUUAUCUUAAUUCUGUAUGAUGUCUUCCCCCCCCCCACAUGCUUGUCACUUAUGUUGACUAAGCGUUUCUUAGAAUAGUCAAUUUUGCCCUGAAAACACGAGUGGAAUUUAACUUUUACUACAGUGUGACUUCCGAUGGCGUCAAGGUUUGUUCAGACAAGAGCUGGAAAGAAUCAGGAGUUGUCAGAAAAUGACACUGGCAGCGGUUUUCAUGUCCACUCAUGGGAAUUCAGUCCUCAAGCAGAUUCCCUCAGGGAGCAACUGAAGGAGAUGGACGAGCAUGUGGCCAGACUGCAGGACAUGCUGAAGAGUGAACGGGCCAAAAACACCCGUUUGCAGCUGCGUGUCAACCAGAAUGAAGCUGAGCUGAGACGCAGAGAGCAGCAAAGCAACAGAAUGAAAGAGCGACUUUUACAGUUGUCUGAGCGAAGCAAAGACAAAGGCCCCGCCAUUGAGGUGCUGAAUUUACCAAUACGGGGUCGAGGGAAAAGCGCAAAGUCAAUCAAGUCGUCCCGGUCCACUGCAAACCAAGAGGAAGCAAUGUUGCGUGUGAUGCUGGAGCGCAGAGAAUCAGAGCUCAGGGAGGCAAUGAAGCUCCGACACAGCCUCACCACCUUACUGCAUGCCGUUAGAGUUGACAUGGAGCAGACCUUGUCAAACUCUCAGGAAGUUGUGGAAGGAUCCCCGAAUGGAAAUGAAAGGUUGACUCAAGCCGAGGGAGCUCUUGGUGACCACGUGACAGGAGGUGUGGUUCAUAGUUGGAAACGUGUGCAGCAAAGGAUGGUUGACCUUCGACACGCGGGCCAAGCAGGCGAUGGCACUGAUCAUGACAAACUCCUGGCUCAGCUUGAAAAGGAACUAAAAGAGAGUCAACAAAUAGUCAAACUACAACAGCAAAUGUUGCAGGACACCAUUGUAUCACCCGUCCUGUCUGAGCUGACUGAUUCUUACUUUUUGGAAGAGUGGGAACGUCUCCAAAUGCGAUGGGCGGACCUCAAACAACAGAUACGGACUUUCGAGAAGGAAAGGCAGGCCUUCACUGACGCCGCUAUACGCUUAAGUCGUGAGCGUCGUGACUUUGAGAAUGAGAAACACUCUUUCUUGAAGCGGCAGUAUUUACAUGAUUCUCCAUUGGGCCGUAAAAGAGCAGGAAGCUGCAGAACUGAUUUCACCCUUCUUGGUUUGGCGCAGCCUAGCAUGUCCAAUGAAUCUAUCCCCGUGACUGUUCCAAGGUGCAUUCAAGGAAGAGUCCGAGCUGUAACACCCACUACUCCUGAGCUCUACGCUGUCCUCAGUCUCUCACACGAUUGCAGCACUUUCCCGACGGAAGAAGUCAGAGUUUGUCCUUUCUUGUGGCAGCCCCAAACCAGACUGUGAUAGAAGUACACCGAACUGAGUGGAUGACCGGUGUGUAGAACUGACUCAGCAUCUUGCAUGACAGACUGUGCUUCCUCAGAAGCCGCAAGAAGUACAUCCUUUGCUGGGCUUUUUGAGGAUGGAGUUGAUGUUCGUCUCCCACCUCCGGUCCUUUGAGACUGUAAUUCCCAAGAACUUGAAGGUCUCGACAAGUUGAUUUUUAAUUGUAUAUUGGAUUACUUGCAUAUUCUUCUGUGAGG